AUGGUUGUCAGUCUACGGCUUCCUCUUUCUUCUCCCCGGACUAUCACGUCCAACAUGAUCUCUCCUCCCCUCAGUCCAGACUUCAACUUCGACUCCGACGCCCUUACACCAUCUACCCUUCCAGCAUUGGAGUACAUCUCAGAGAAGCUUUCACAAAAAUCUUUGCAUGUCACAUUACUCGUUGGCCGAGGCCAACCGAUACCCACCGGGGAAUCAUCCGACCUUAACAUCAUCCCAGUAACACAACUAGAUCCACAAUCAUGGAAGGUCUUCUACAAGAUCGUCGAAAAGGGAGCUAAGAAGUUCUCUCUCGGCCAGGGCUGGACCGACGCUCUCGAUCAACAUGCUCGACAACAGCUCAAGAAUGAAUAUCUCAUUGAACAAUCCCUUCGACAAAACGAGAUCCUAUUCAGCCAAGAGGGACUGACACUCUUAAAUGUCGACCGCAUCUACACCUUGAAGCGUCGAUUGUGUGUUCUUUCUCAAAACCAAAAUAGCAUCAACAACGAAGAGAAAUAUCUUUCUUCUUGCGUCCAGCUACUCAACAAGACUAUCACCAGCUGCCAGGGUCGACCCUUUAGCUUCGGCUUCUUCCACCGUGCCUACGAACAUCUUCAUGUUACCGAUGAACUCCUCAAAAAGGUCGCUGCUGCAUAUAAGACCCGAUACGGCCAAGAAGGCAUUGUCAUCAUCACACCAAAAUCAUCACCCGCACUUCCCACCAUUGCUCCUACUGCAACUAAGAAGGAAACCACCCGCAAAUCACCGGUCAUGCGUACCGCUGCCGCGAAUACGCGCGUCCGCCGACCAGCUCCUUCAUCUUCGCCAGUUGCUCGCCACUAUCGUGUUCCCUCUCGCGUGCCCUCGCGAGCUGGAACACCGAGACGCGGACCAAAGACUCCCGUUUCGGCGUCUGAUGUGACUCCCAUCACCCGGAAUGAAUGGAAUAUUCUCAUCGGCCCUGAGUUUUGGCAGAACAAACCCACUGUGACGAUGUGGGUUCCUACUCCUGCCGUAUCAGUUAAGGAUCGUUUUAAUAAGCUUCUUGGGCCAACGCUCAAAUCCAACCUCAGUGAUUCGGGUAUCGACGCCGAGAAGGUGAUCUAUCGGAUACGUUGGAUAGAAGACUCUGAUGUCAGUCACGAAGACGACAUCAUCGAGACUCACUCCGGCUUUGGUCGCCCGAUCACUUCGGUCCCAGACUGCAUACAUGCACUGCCUCAAUUGCCGUCGUGCAGAUAG